CUAAACAGAAUGAACAAUUCUGAAUGCAUAAUUCUGAUGCACUGCAAGAGGUCUCCAUUGUUUAUUUUAUAGUGUGAGGAGCUUAGAAACCCCACACCAUAUUCCCCUCACUAUCCGCACGCACCCUGACAUGACCUAACCGACCUCCUCACCACCUCAUAUUCGUUCCAGCUCAGAGUACCACUUCUACGCCAAUCCGACUGCCCAGAAUGCGCCACCUGCUCCUAACCCUUGACGCAUUCAAUACCCUCUUCCACCCUCGCCUCCCAAUCCCAACGCAAUACGCCCACUCCGCCUCAGCAUUCAACAUCCGCAUAUCCCCCUCUGCACUACAACCCGCGUUCGGCGCCUCCUAUAAAGCCCUUUCUGCCUCGCAUCCAAACUACGGGCGUGAGCUCGCCCUGCGCGGGGACUAUGCUGGGCCGCGACAGUGGUGGGAAGAUGUGAUACGCGGAUGUUUUGAGCGGGCGCUUGCGGCGAACCCGACUGCAAAUUCAGCAAGAGGGAAUAGAGUUCCUGAUGGGUUGAUCCAGGACCUUCUCGAGCGCUUUGCGAGUGCAAGGGGGUAUAAACUGUAUGAUGACGUGGUACCUUUUCUGAAGGAAGUGAGGGCACAACGAAUGAAAACGAGUCAAGGCGGAGGGAGGAAGGUGAUUAUUGGAGUGGUCUCCAACUCGGACGAUCGGAUUUCUUCUGUGCUGGAGUCGCUGGGUGUCUCUGUGCGAGAGACGCGCGCAGGGGAGGAGAAGACCAGAUCCGGUGGUGACUUACCCGGGUUCGAGGAGGAGAGGGAGAAGGAGAAGACAGCGAAUCUGCCGCAGGAUCAGAAACAGAAAGAUAUUGACUUCGUCCUUACUAGCUACCAGGUCGGUGCUGAGAAGCCGGAUCCCUUGAUUUGGAACGUAGCAACUCGUACGGCGCUACAGUUGACUGGUGAAUCUGAUGCAGCAAACGACGAAGCUGGAGGCUGGGAACGGAUCCAUAUCGGCGACGACUACGGCAAGGACUAUCGUGGAGCUGUAGACGCGGGCUGGGGAGCGUACUAUCUUGCGCGGGAGGCUGAAGCAGCUGCGCAAGCGCCAGAAGGCACAAAGGUGAUCACGUCGUUGUUGGAUCUCUUGCCGAAUAUACCAAUCAACUCACAACAUGCAUCCGUUCCGAGCCCAUGCUAUCCAAUAACGCCGGCUAAUUAA